GGUUACUCGUAACCAACAACAAUAAGUAUGGCGGCGUACAUUAGGUUGCACCCGCGUCCCUUUGCCAAAGUUUGAUAAUGAUUUAUUGUUAAAUUGCAAACUUUUUGAAAGAUAAAAAUGGAUGAAAGACAUUGGUGGAUAGCUGGGAAAAUCCAGGAAACCUUCAAAAUUGGAGGAUAUGACAAUCCCACGCUACUUGAAGAUUUCAUGACUGAAGAGGCCACAUUGAAUAAAAUCAACAGAUUUUUGAAAGCAGGUGGUCCAUGUAGGCUAUUUUUCUCGUGUGCUAAACAAGAAAGCGACGUGUUGUCAACCAGAGAACUCAACGUUACGGGAACAUUAGCUGCUCUGAAAGAUGCAGAUUUGGACAAAGUCAACAUUCUGUAUUUCUUACGAAAUAGAGUUGAUAAAGAUGUUGAUACAAUCAGGUAUGAGAGAGAUAUAUUCUGUGGAGAGCUCAAACACAAUACGAUUGAGACACUGGUCACCCUUUUGUCUGACGUUUAUAAUCCGCUGAUCAGAGCCCAGAAGGAGUGGGGUGAAUGCAACAUGGAAGGCCAAACAAACCUGAGCCACAGUAUGGACAAGUUCCUGACAGCUCUGAACGAGUCUACAGCCUCCAUGCACCACUCAAAACAACUGAUGCUGAAACAACCUGAAAACAUCAUUCUGAAUGACUUCAAGCAGCACAGAGCAGCAGCCUUGGACGCUCAGCUGAUUGUCCAAUAUGAGGAACUGGUGACUGACUGGAUCAACACCAUAGAAACCAUGUUGAAUGACACAUCGGAUGAAAGGACAGUUGUCUUUCCUGAUGAACCUCCCACUUAUAGGUUUAUGGAUCCCAAUGCUGGUCCAUUAUCAGAGUUAGAAAGAUGGCGGCGUCGUCAACGGUUACUGACCAGUAUUACAGAACAGCUGAAAAGUAAAGAAUGCAAAGCAGUGAUAGGUGUCUUGAUAACAGCUAAGUCCAGAUUGCUGAAGAAAUGGAAAAAUGUGGAUGCUCAGAUUACUGAUGCCAUGAAUGACACCAAAGACAAAGUGAAAUACCUAGAAUCUCUGAGGCGCCAUUUUGACCAGCUCUAUCAAGAUGCAACACCAGCCUCCAUCAUUAACAACGCCAUUCCAGGUAUAGUCAACAGCGUGCGCCAGAUGGACUCCAUUUCCCGGUACUAUGCCAGAACUGGUUUUCUUGGUAUUGUAUUUACCAAGAUCACGAACCAGCUGGUGUUAGCCUGCAAGGAGUACAUAAAGAAUUGCACCAUUACUGCUUAUGACGGAGAUGAAUUGUGGGUAAGAAUCAAGGAGGAAAUCAGAAAUCGAGAUUCGUUGCCAGUAGUGGACCCACAGCAAAGACUGCUGAGAAAUCAAGUGGAGGCAAAAAUUAAGCAACAAGGUGCCCUGACUAGAGGAAAGACCAAGGAGGGGAAGGAUCUGGGUUUACAGGACGACAGUUUGUACGGCAGACUGAAGGCAUGCCUGACCCUACAAGGAUACUACAGGGAGACCCUCAGGUCACUCAGAGACUCCCUCGGGCAGACCACCAACAUGUCUCACUUCCCCUCCCUCAGUAGUGUGGGGGGACCUGGCAGUUUUACUACCAGAUCGAAGCCCAGCAAUGCUUCACGAUCAGGGCCAUCUGUGUCUCCUAAGAAAGGAAUCUCCACUCUAAUGACGAACGAUGCUGGCCAUGGUGUUUCUAUCGCUGAUGAAGAUGCCAUUAUGUCACACAUGGACAGCUACUGUAACCGGAUCAGACAGCUGAUUGAUGUCAUCAAUACACUGGCUCAGUACAACAAGUUGUCUACCUCCACCAUUGGAGUUCCCAAACCCAGGAAGGAGGACCUUGUGGUGGAUGAUGAAGACAGUGAUGAGUACAAGUACAGGAAAUACCGAGAGAACAAAGCCAACAAGUUGGAGUAUGAUGAUGAGGAAGAUGAGGGCAUAACCAUCACAGUUCCCUCCCCUGAGAGGAGUGGACUGAGGGCCAUCAAAGAGGCUGAGGAGAACCAGGAGGACAAUAUCUCCGAAAUUGAGGAGUCUGCGGAAUUAAAAGAGAAAGCAGCUGCUCAAGAGGAUGCUGAUGAUGUGUUUGAAUCUGUGAACAACAACAAGGGGCUCAGUGAAGAGGAGCUCAUGGUACUCAGGCGGUACUUCCCGGAGGAUGAAGAAGAGGAAGGACCCAGCAUUUCAGCCAUUAUUUCAGAACAUCUUCAACAGAUGACACAGGCCAUGAGUGACAACGUCACCACAAAAACCAUGCUGGAUGUGGAAUCCAAGACUCGUUACUAUGGCAUGCCUGGAUUGGAUAAAGACAGAUUUGAAGACUAUUAUACCAACUUUGCACAAAUUGUCACUGACUUGGAGACUUUCCUUGCUGCAUACCUUCAUGCCAUAUUCAUUGGGAAAACCAAAACACAGCAGGCAUUGGACACAAUCACCAGAUUUACCCCAGUCCAAAACAGACCAGGAAUUAGAAUUUGCAUCUCAGAGAAAUUUGUUGAAAUUUUCAAUUGGUAUGAAUCAGACCUGGAAGAAGUCCAUCAGAUUUAUGAUGCUCACAAGAAUAACCCUCAGUUGGUUAGGAAUGCUCCCCCAGUAGCUGGAGCCAUCCACUGGUCUAGACAACUACUCAAACGCAUUGAGGAUCCCAUGAAGAUUUUUCGUGACAACAAGGCUGUGAAUCAGUUAGGUGACUUUGGCAGGAUAGUGCGGAUCUACAACAAGCUUGCAACUGCUUUGGUUACAUUUGAAAGCCUGUGGUUCACCCAAUGGAAGAACAGAAUUGACCAUGCUAGGAAUGGACUGAGAGCCACUCUCUUUGUACACCAUCCCACCACUGAUGAGAUUGUUGUCAAUGCCGAUGAAAGAGUGUUGGAACUGAUCCAUGAGGCAAAGUGGCUGACUAGGCUAGGAAUCCAGAUUCCAGAUGCAGCAAUAGCCAUCAUGCAGCAGGAAUCCAGAUUCAAGAGCUACAAGAGCCACCUGGAGCUGGUGCUGAAUGAAUACAAGGAAGUAUGUGAAGCUAUUCCGGAGCCACUCCAGAAACUGUUUGCAGUCCAUACAGAACAUGUGGAGCAGCAACUCCAGCCCGGACUCAGCACACUGGCCUGGAACAGCAUGAAUAUAGAUGCUUUCCUGCAUCAGAUCCACACAGCCACCCAGAAACUGAAGUCAAUGGAGACCAAAGUAGCAGAGAUAAUGGAGAGACAGGUGUUCUCUACACUGGAUGACAUCAGCAACUUCUAUCUGUUUGACAUCGACGAGGCAUUUGCCAGAUCCUGGCCCCCUGAAGAUUUCAGAGAAGUGAUGCUGAGAAGUGCCCAAGACAGAUCUCGUAAAUUGCAGGAAAUGGUGAGAACGGUAGCAGACGGCCUACAGAAAGUGGCCAACACCCUGGCACUCAGAAAGGAAUAUGACCUCACUUCAAUGCGGGGAGAAAUGCAUUCCAAGCUCAUUGGGUACAAGCGGCGCCAAAUCGUCAGGGAGCCACAGCGCCGGCCAUCCUCUUCACCGUCUCUUAUUCCAAUGAUGAGUGAGCAUCAUGGGAAAUCUAAGAAGAUGGCACUUAUGAUGGAUGAAGAGGAAGUGGCACGGGAAAAACAGAAAGCCAUGGAAGAAGAGCACCACGUGGCUGAACUCAUUGCACAUUAUAAGGAUGAAGUUUAUGAUGCUGUAUUGAGUGCCACCUACAAGUCCCUGGCAGCACUGGCAGAGUCCACAGGCUGUGAAGGGGAGGUAAUCCGUGCCAUCAGCUCACUGUCCAAUGCCUCGAGUGACCACCAUGGUACACCAAGAUCUGCCAGAAUGCAUUCUGCUCGCAGUCGAAUUUCCUCUGCAGUGUCUGAGAAAUCCAGACCCCAAACGAGCUUGUCGCAGCUUUCUACCAUGACUUGGACAACAGAAAAGACAAAUGAAGUGACUUAUCUUCAAUUUGAAGUAGAAGUGGGAUUUAACAUUCCCAACAUCACCCUCAAUCCCUCGCUAGAUCUGGCCCAGACUGCCAUCAUAGAGGUCGCUAACGCCAUAUUGGAGGCCACCAGAAACAUUGACUGGUUAUCUCUCCAUGGAACAGAGAAUUUCUACAGCUCAAUCUCACAGGAUGAGAAUGUCCAGGAAAUGACCAAACAGGUAGCUGAUAUAGUGCAAGAGCUGGAAUCCACAGUCAACAAACACCUGUUCCACUUCAGUUAUUAUAACUUCCUGUGGAAAGAUGAUCUCCAUGGUAACUUUAAGGAGUUUAUCCUUGCUGAGCCUGGCAUGUUUAACAUUAAGAAGGAGGUGGAACGCUUCCUGUACAUAGAGAAGAAAGUCCUCGGCAUCCCCAAAGUGCUGCCUGUUGGUUGUAUAUGUCUAAGGACAGACCCCAUUAAGGAUGCUCUGCAUGGAUUUGCCAUGGCUUGGAAGAUUCAGUUUGCGUCAGUAUUACAUGAAGAAGCCAAGAAAAAGUUGGAUUCAGCCGUGUUGUACAGACUGAAUGUCCGUAACAGACUAGAGCUACACGUCCAGUCUCUGGAUCAGCUGAACAGUGCCCUACAGCUACUGGAGGAACUCAGAGACAUGGAGAACAAGGUAGACAGCAUCUACCUGCCCAUAGAGACCAUGUAUGAGAAGCUAAGGGAGUUUGAGCUUCGUUUGCCAAGGAAUGAAGUAGAGGAAGUAGAUCAGCUCCGUGACAAAUGGUUAGAGCUGAUGGAUCUAGCGGAACAAGUAAGGGAAAAUCUCCUGAAGGAACGGCGAGGAGCUUUCGAACAAGAGCUGGACAAAAAUGUAAAAGCUUUCGUGGUAGAGGUGAUGGAAUUUAGAAAUGCUUUUGAUUCUCAAGGACCAAACGCCCCCAAUACUGCGCCAGCAAAGGCAGUGGCUAGUUUGCAAGAGUUUCAGCAAAAGUACAAAUUGUAUGACUCUAAACGGAACACACUUGUGUCUGUAUCAAAGCUGUUUGGCAUUGUGUGUAAACCAUUCCCUGAACUGGAUAAAACUGGUGAAGAACUAGAUCUGCUCAGUCAAUUGUAUGGACUGUUCCAAAAGUUUAUCCGGUUUGAUACCAGAUUUAAAGACACCCUGUGGGCAGAUGUAGAUCUUGACGCUGCAUUCAUUGAGGUGGAAGGUUACUGGGAUGAGUGCCUAGCUCUGCCAAGUAAACUCAAGGACUGGGAUGCUUACCAUGAUCUUAAAACCUCACUACAAAACUACCUAGAAGUGUUCCCCCUGCUCCGAAAACUCAACUCCAAGGAAAUCCGAAACCGCCACUGGCUAGAUGUGAUGAAUGUGACUGGAGUAAAAUUCCAGCUGGAGGCCAAUGUCUUCAAAUUGUCACACCUACUGGACAUAGGACUAAUCAAACACAAGUCUGACAUAGAAGAAAUCUGUAUGAGUGCAAGCAGAGAACUCGAACUUGAGAUCAAACAGCGAGUCACGGAAGAUGAAUGGAAUGAGCAAAUGCUGACCUUUGAGCAUUACAAGAACCGUGGCCCCAUGUUCCUAGACAAGGUCUCCACAGAACGCCUGUUGGAACAGCUGGAGGAUGCUCAGGCUCUUCUGGCCAGCAUGCUGACCUCCAAGUAUAUCGCCCCACUCCGGGAUGAUACUGCCCUCUGGGCGAAGAAGCUAAAGGAUGUUACAGAGGUUCUGGAGUUGUGGCUGCAGGUUCAGGACCUGUGGCAGUACCUAGAGGCAGUGUUCAGUAACUCUGUAACCGCCAAAGAACUUCAGCUGGAGGCAAAGAGGUUUGCCAGGACUGACAAGAGCUGGACCAAAAUGAUGAAGACCACUUACUUUGAGAUGAGAGGAGUUUUGCAGUGCUGUACCGGUGAUGAGGUGCCAAAGGUGAACCUUCUUCGUAACAUGCAGCAGGAGUUGGAGAUCUGCUUUAAAUCUCUGAUGGAGUACCUGGAUAACAAGAGACGGGCCUUCCCACGAUUCUACUUUGUGUCUGACCCUGUCCUACUGGCCAUGCUCAGCCGACCUAAUGACCUUGAGUCUGUCAGACCACACCUCAAGUCCAUCUUCAGUGCUAUUUAUGAUGUCAAGUUAGAGGAAGCCGACACCGGGAUAGAGGAGCCAACGGAUGAGAUUGGAUUCGCUCAGUCUAGAACCGGCACCCAAUCCCGGGGUAAUCGCUCCACCAGUGUCCUGUCUCCAGGGCUGAGGAGCAACACUCCACCCAAAAUUGACAAACGACUGACGGAGAUCUACAGUGUGAAUCCCAGUGCGAUGGCCCAUGGCCCCGCCUACUUACCAUCGGAGGGAAUCAUCAAGGAUGUUGUCAUCAGAGACGCAGUGUCUGUCUCCAGCUCUGACGGGGAGAUGAUCGUACUGCACGAAAAGGUUUGCCUGAAUGAUGGAGUGGAGGUUUGGUUACAGAGACUAAAAGAUUCUGUAGCAAAGACAUUGAGGGAACUGAACAUCAGCAUCAUCCAGGAUUGUAACAAUGGAGUCAUGAUGGAUGAAUGGGCAGCCAAGUACCCAGCACAAGUUUGCAGAAUUGGAAUGCUAUAUUAUUGGACUAAGGAAUGUGACCAGGGUAUUGGUGAACUCAAGUACGACCGCAAGGCACUACAGCAUAACACUCUGAAAAAGUACCAAGCAUCCACAGCCAAAUUGACCACUGUCCUAACAAAAGGAGCCUGGCGGACAUUGGAGGAGCCCAUGUUACCGCUCCACAAGGCCAGGCUGGAGUCCAUGAUUGCUCAAUCCCUCUAUCUGAGAGAUGUUUUAGAGAACAUGUGCAGUAGAAAAUCUUUGAGGGAAACAACAGAUUUUGAAUGGAGGAGAUGCAUUCGUUGUUACUUCCACCCAGUUGCUAAUGAUGAGACUUUUGAAAAUGAGUCCAUUGAUAUUAAAACUGAGGCCAGUGUCAGCGACCUUUCCAUACAAGAUAAACAAGAACCUCUAAUAUGGAUACUCGACACACCUUAUUUCUAUGGCAACGAAUUCUAUGGAACAAAUGCAGGCGUGGCCUUGACCCCGGUCACUGAACGAUGUUUCUUGACCAUGUCUCAGGCACUGAACAACUAUCAAGGCAGCUGUGUAUCAGGUCCUGUUGGUGUGGGCAAGACAGAGACUGUCAAAGGGCUGGCCAAUGUGCUGGGACACUACAUUGGAACAUUCCAGUGCUCCACUGAGUCAGACACUAGUGCCAUGGGCAAGAUUGUUCAGGGAACUGCCAUGGAUGGCUGUUGGUGCUGUUUUGAUGAGGUCCAGAGUUUGAACAAACAAGCGAUGUCCGUCCUACUGGACCAGAUGACUGCUGUCAUUAUGGCCCUGAAGGCCAGACAGCCGUACGCCACACUCAGUGAUGGACAGGAGAUCUCCAUCAAGAGAACUUCUGCUGUCCACAUGACCUAUAACAAGGAAACGGCCCCUCCUGGCUGUAGCCUGCCAAUCGAUGUCAGAUCUCUGUUUAGAAUGGUAUCCCUUGUCAAACCAGACUUCAGCCUCAUUCUGAAGGCAAAGUGUGCCGCCAUGGGAUUCAGAGCACCGAGUGUACUAGGGGCCCGUCUCAAAACUCUGACAGAGCUGGCCAAGGAUGAAUUGCCACCAGAGUGUCAUCACCACUUCAGUGUGGCCACACUUGUUGGAGUUCUGAACAGAGCCACACAGAAAAGAAAGUUCAUUAGGGACGAGAGAUCAGUGGAUCGACUUGAGGCCAAAGACAGGGAAACUUCACGAUCAGACAGCCAGGCCUCAGAGGCCCCAUCAAAAAUAGUCAAUCCGCAGCAGAGUGUUGCAGUUCCAAAUAUAGUAAUAUCUGAGGAACCAGACUCCAGUGAAAUGCAUGUUCAUUUCCCCCGUAGAGGGACCAUCCAUGUGGCAACCAGUGGUAUGAAAAUGACCACAGGUAUUGGUGUUAAUCGUAAAUCUGGUACACCUAACCCACUGACUGUAGCAGGUAAACUAGAGCAUGCUCUGGUGGCACAGACAAUAAAAGAAAUAGUCGGACCGAGAUUUACUGACCAGAACAUGAAGAUAUUUAAGCACAUACUUGAUGAUGUGUUUGCUGGGCUACCUGACCCUCCAGUGGUCCAUCAGAUCCCCUCGGCUAGAACCCGUGGCUUCGAUGUGGAACUGGUCCUCAAACAGAAGUGUAUAGAUAAAGGUCUUAUGUCUCAUGAACCAUGGAUAGAGCGGUGUAAACAGCUGUACAACAUUUCCAAAGUACAUCAUGGAGUGAUAGUGGCUGGCCCCCCAGGCAGUGGCAAGAGCAGCUGUAUCCAGACUCUGGUCGAUGCCCUCAGUCUGUCCAAUCAGGCGGGAGCAUCAAGACAAUCUCAGACUAGCAGGACCACAGGAAACAUACAGGAGAACCAGCACAAACUCAUCAAAAUCAACCCUAUGGUGGUCGACGACUGUCAACUUAUGUUUGGUUACCUCAAUGUAAACAAUGACUGGGUAGAUGGGAUUUUCACCUCAGCCUGUAGAAAGGCAAACAGGAACCAGAGCACGACAUGGCUUUGUUUGGAUGGACCAUUAAACCCGGGAUGGGCUGACAACUUCAACCCUAUUCUCAAUGGUGAUAAGGUCCUACACCUGAAGAAUGGAGACAAAAUGUUCCUGUCAGACAACAUCAUUGUCAUUUUUGAGACAGACAACCUAAUCAAUGCCUCACCUGCCUCAGUCUCUAGAUCAGGUAUUGUGUACAUUGACAAAGAUGUUCUGGGCUGGAAACCAAUAGCUGAUGCUUGGCUGGAAAGCAGGUCCCCUCAAGAAAUACAUAAUGUUCCACAUCACAAAUUUACCAGGGUGCUUCAACGAGCCUUUGCAAAGACCUUGGAUCCAAUAUCCCAGUUUGUACUCAAUGAAGCCAGACCCCGGCUGUCCCUGUCGCUGGUAGGAAUGUUUAAGACAUGUCUGGGACUCCUCAGUUCCAUGCUGGCCAACAACAAUGAGAUUGGAGGCGAGCUCCAUAUUGAACGUCUGUAUCUGUUCUGCCUCAUCUGGACGUUUGGUGGACUGCUGGACAGUGCAGACAGAAAGUCAUUUAGUGACAUCCUUAAGAACCUCUCUAAUGCACUGCCAGAUGAUGAUCGAGAUAUCUGCGUGUUUGAUUACUAUGUAGAUGAAUCUGGUGAAUGGGAUCCAUGGACCUCAAAACUGCCAGAAGCUGUAUAUUCUGACAAUCAAGACAUGCUGGGGGAAGUCUUUGUGCCAUCAGUAGACACAAUAAGAACAAGGAACUUGAUGGAGUUUGCCUCUUUCUCUGGCCUCAAUGUUCUGUUAGUGGGGGCCAAUGGUUCAGGGAAAACCAAACUCAUUGAGGAGUUCAUCGAUUACAUGGAAAGACUAGACCCCCAGGCAGCAGUGUGGAAGAGACUGGUGUUCUCUGGAUCCUCCACGGCUAAACAGCUCCAGUCCUUCUUAGAUUCCAACAUCUAUCACAGACAAGGCUUUGUGUAUGGUGCCAAAGACAAGAAGAAGCUGAAGGUGUUCAUUGAUGAUGUGAACCUACCAGUUCCUGAUGAGUAUGAUGUACAGAGGUGCAAUGAGUUGCUUCGCCAGCUUUUGGAUGACAAGAUUUUGUGUAAACUACAGAAGCCAUUUGAGAUGAAAACGGUGGAGGGAAUGAGUAUUAUCUCUGCCAUGUCCAUGUCUGAGCAGGCCAAUGUCAGCAGCCGUCAGCUCUCGGACAGGCUACUGAGGCAUUUUGCAGUCUUCAAUCUCUCAACUCCACAAGAAGAUGCAUUGAAGAGUAUUGUUCAUGGAAUUUUAGAUGUGAACAUGACAGAUGGAGACCGCCCUGGUCUUGACAUUGACCUUCACAAUGGACUGGUCAAGGCCUCAUGUGAGUUGUUGAAGUCUCUGCAGAAUGUACUGCGACCUUCACCAAUGCAUGGUAGACGACAUUAUCUCUUCACACUGAAAGACAUUACAACUUGCUUCCAGUGUUUGAAACGAUUACCAGAGGAAAGCAGGGCAGAUGAGACUUUGAUCCCUGUCAUAUCUCUAUGGCGACAUGAAAUGCAUAGAAUUAUCCGAGAUCGCCUGAGUCGAACAUCUGACCUGAUAUGGUUUGACUCUACAAUCAAGGAAAUCAUUGAACAGACAUGGCCAGAACUGAAGGAUCCGCUCCUGGACUAUUUUGUGACCUUCCCCACAGAUGCUAGACUUUAUCAGAGGCCAGUCACUUCUGUCGGUACCAAACAUAUCAAGGUUGUCCUACAGCCAAUUGAGAACCUGAGGGAUGUACACAGCUGUUUGAGCACUCACCUGACCAGAUAUAACGAGGAGUUCGGAAAUAUCCGACUGGAUGUUAUGCUGUCGGAUUUCAUCAUCUCCCAUGUUAUCAGAAUGCACCGAGUUCUUAGCUUCCAUCAUGGUGGGAACAUGCUGUUGAUUGGUGCAGUGGGCUCCCACCUGGCCACCCUGUGUAAACUUGCUCUUCAUGUAGCAGAUGUCCCCAUUCACAAAAUGGACACCUCCAAGAGGAGCAACUUCUUUGAUGGCUUGAGGUCUGCUGUAAGACUCUGCGGGUCAGAGGGUAAAAUCCUGGCUCUUAUGUUCACAGCACGAGACCUUGAGGACCCUGUGUACUUGGACGCCAUCAACAGUCUGCUGAUUAGUGGCGAGUAUCCACACCUGUUUACCAAUGAUGAAAUGGAGGGAUUACUACUGGCCAUUGGUCCAGCUAUGAAGAGGGAGUUUCCCAGCCUUUCGGUUGAUCCAAUGAAAUUCUUUGUUGCAAGAGUGAAGAGUAAUUUGCAUAUCUUGAUGUGCCUGCAGCCAAUGAACAGUCUUCUGAAGUUAUCUGCAAGUCAGUAUCCCGGUUUGCUGAGUGGGUGUGCCAUUAACUGGAUGUGUGAUUGGCCUCAGGAAGCCUUACUGGGAGAAGCUUCCUACUUCAUCACCCGCUACCAACUCACCGAGGAGUUUGAAAAUCUCAGUGAAAAAGUGACAUCAUGCUUGGCCAACAUUCACAGCUUUGUCCUGAGGGACUGUGCCCAAUUACCAUGGGCAGGUGACCUCAGUGAGGAUAUAAACAUUAAUCAGGUCAAGGUCGAGAAAAAGAAGGACCAACAGAUUGUCAAAUUCCUCCCAGCCAAGGUCCCCAAUCUGCCUUAUUCCAAGGUCAUCCUGCAAGAGAAGAUCAAACUUCAGCACAGAUCAGAUGACAUGAAAGCCAAAAAUGAGACAUAUGUUGGACCCACAACGUACAGGAGAUUUAUGGAAACAUUCAAGUUCCUGUACAACACAAAAUGUCAGGAGAGAACGGAAACCGUGGACCAACUCAAACGAGUGCUUCAUACCUUGGAUCAAACACGUCACGAUGUCAAGAUCAUGAAGAAGGCCAUCAAAACCAUCACCACCAAAUUUGAAGAUGCCAAAAAGACAACCAGCAAUCUGAUGAAACAGUUGACCACCAAAGCCACGGCUCUGGAGAAACUGAAGUCCCGAGUGACGGUUGGCACAGACCUCGAGGCCCACAUGAAGCUGUACAUGACAGAGAGCGAGGAUGAGGAGGAGGAGGAGCUUCUUCUACAGGAGGAGUACGAUGAUUACGAUAAGGAGUUUGACAAGAUGAGGGAGGCGAAGCUAAAGAACCGACAAGCUGUGGCCAAGGAGGAGCUCAUUCAGGCUCAGAAACACGUGGAGGAGUGUCGGCAGAACUUGGAGUACGCCAGACAGCAGGUUAUAAUCUGGAAGGCCAAAGUAGACAGGCCUAGUAUUGAGAGGCUGAAAGGAUUUGGUAAUCCACCAAAUUUGGUCGGACAGGUGAUGGAGAUGGUAAUGAUACUGAUUGGAAAACGUCUUCCAUCGCAGCGGCUGUACGAGACCAGGGAACUGACCGGCAAGGAGGAAAUGUCCAGUCGCAUGUCCUCUAGUUCCAGCAGCACCAGGAUUGGAGUGAAGAAAGAUAACCAGUUUGGAUAUGGUAAGAAGGAUGGAAGUGACAAGUUUGAUCGCGCUCAGUGGAAGUCCAUGCAGCAGACAAUGAAUGAUGCCACCAAGUUCGUGGACAUGUUGCACAAUGUAUCAUGGGAAGAUGGCUUGUCUGAGGAUGUCCUUCGGGCUGUUGAAAGUUACCUGGCUGUUUCCAGAGAAGGUCAACUAGGUGUUACAGGGGAAGGAACUCUGUUGGACAAUGCUCUAGAUACAACAUUUGCUGCCAAGAAAAGAACACCAUCCCCUGAUGCCACAAAGGGAAUUACGAUUGCCAAUGCUAAAUAUAGCAGUGAAGACUGUGCCACACUCGUGCAGUACACUAUUGCCAUUGUGGAGUACACCCGCCUCUGUGGUCCACUCAAGGCAUCCCUCGAGAAGCUUCAUGAGCUGGAACGAGAGAUCGAAGAAAAUGAACGUCUGCAGAGAGAGAGUCAAGAGGAGCGUCUUCGGAGGUCAAAACUGACGCCGUCUCCUAAACCUCAACCAAAGGUCACAGAGGAUCGAACCGCCACCCCGGAGCCGGAGCCUGAUUACACAGAGGCGGACCUGCCUAGUCUACAAGACACAGUCAACAGUCUUCAGCAACAGUUUGACCUCUCAGUGGUGGAGAAACAUUCCCUGGAGAUGGAGCUACAGUCAAUGAACGAACGCCUGAAAGCUGCCACAGAAAUGGUGGAUAGUUUAAAGCCCCAGGAAGCCUCGUGGAGGAAGCAUGUGAAAGAGAAUGACUGUAAUGAGGUGAUGUUGGCUAACUGUCUGACUGCCGCCGCCUUCCUGGCGUACUGUGGCCCAGCCAGUAUCGAUGUCAGAAAGAGAAUGGGAGAGUUCUACAUGCAGGUGUGCGAGUUCCAUGGCCUCCCUAUGCCCAGGAACAAAUUGUUCAGAAAUAUGGAGUUGAUUGACUUCCUUUACAAACCUAUGGAUGUGAUACGAAUGGAGACCAUGAGGUUGUCCAUCACCAAGCUGAUGUUGGAGAAUGCCUGCUUCCUGAUGCAGAAGGAAAGUAUGAUGGCCUGGCCUCUCCUCUGUGACCCCACCAGCCGGGUCCUGGACUGGCUCAGAAACUUUUAUGGACACACCGGUCUAGUGGAGGUUAAAUAUUCGGAGAUUCGUUCUCAGUUUGAGAACUGUCUGGCAGAAGGUUGCCCUCUGUUGGUAACAGACUGUGACACAAAACAACUGGCCAAGGACAAGCGAUUCAGAGAUGCUAUCCAAAGCUGUAAACACUUUAUCAAUGGAAAACUCAAGUUCAAAAUCACUGUGGAGGAUCAUGAAGUGGAGUGCGAUCCUCGUUUCCGUCUUUUCCUCCAUACCACCGUGGAGCCACACAUCGUGCCACCACACUUGGCGGCUUAUACCUCCGUCAUCUACUUCCAGCGGUCCCGUGCAGACAUUGAAGAGACUCUGCUGGAUAGAUUUAUCUUUCAAGAAAAAUCAAAAUUGGAGGAGGAGAGGGUGUCUCUACUGCAGGAAAGGAAAGAGAACUUGGAGUUGAUGGAGAAGCUGGAGAAGUCAAUGUUGGAAAGUUUGUCCAGUGACAUUAGAUUAAUGAAUGAACUCCCUGCCACCAAAAAACUGGCCGAGCUUAAGAAACAGUAUGAUGAAACUUUGGAUAGUCAAGAACGUGUUGAUUCUAAUGAGGCCACCAACACCAGGAAUCGUGAGCUAUCUCGUGAGUUUGCUCGUCGUGGUGCUGUGUGUUUCCACGUGAUGCAGUAUAUGAGAGAAGUUAACCCUCUCUACCAAGUCUCUUAUGCUCAGUUUCAACAGUUAUAUGAUGCUGCCAUCGCUCACUCUGAAAGAGCUCAGAGAGCAGAGGAAACUCUGGAGAAAAUAACCUACAUGGCUUACACCACAUUUGCAAGGGGACUUCUGGAGAGAGACCGAUUUAUUUUCACACUCCUGCUGGCUGUAGAGGUGGAAGAUUCCCUGGGUAACAUUGGUCCAGGAGAACGGGAAUUCUUGGUGUCACCAAACUACAGCGCUGUUGUCAUGACAAAACUCGGCUUCACCCAACCACAAGACAGCAGGAUUGUCCAGAUGAAGAAGCCGUUUGAUUGGAUGCACGAUGACCAGUUCCACAACCUACAGGUUCUGGCCACUCAUUUCGAAUGGUUCCAGGAGAAGUUUGAGAGGAUGCCAAAAGAUGGCCGUGAGAUGGAAUGGAGAAUGCUGUGUGACAAUGUGGAGAAGGAGCCAGAGAACAUGCCACUGCCCGACAAAAUGGACAGCAAAGACUUUGCUCCCAUGAAGCGUUUACUGGUGGUCAGGGCAGUCAGAAGUGACCGUCUGAUGCAGGCAUCCACUGUCUUUAUACAGAGAGUGCUGGGGAAAAACUGGUUUAAUGUAAAUUUGAGGAAGGAAUAUAGUGGAUAUUAUGGAGACAUGGGCCUGGACCUGUCAACCAUGUACAAACAGAGUGCCCCAGUGUCUCCCUCCACUAUCUCCCUUCCCAUUCUCUUGCUGUACACGUUUGAGGCUGAGGCUGCCCAGAGUCGCUUUAUUGACUUCUCCAAUCGUAAACAGGCCCAGCGUCACAUGAUUACAGUAACAGACAACUCUCAGGCCACUCGCAGCAAGGUCAGAAAGGUCAUCAAGAAAGCAAUCAGCGAGGGAUCUUGGGUGUACAUUCACAAUGCUCAUAAUGCACCCAGUGUUUUGACCAGCUUAGGUUCAUUCCUGACUGAGAGACCAAACCCAGAAGGGUUUCGCCUGUGGGUAGCCAGUCAGGCGAACCCCGAGGUCAUUCCCGUCAGACUGCUGCAGAACUCCAUCAAAGCGGUUGUGGACACACCUAAGGUGAUGAAGGACAGCAUGAUUCGGUCUUUCUCCUGGUUUGAAUCAGACAUUCUGCGACAGUCGUCGCGCCCGGAGUGGCCGGUGAUGCUGCACAAUCUGUGUUACCUCCAUGCUGCAGUACAACUGAGGGCCAGGUUUGGACAGGGGGGCUGGAACUGUCCCCAAGAUUUUCAUAAUAUAGGCUACAGCAGUCUGCAGGAGGCUCUGGCAAUAGUACAGAGCGAGUUUAAGGAGCCGCUUUUUUGUGUGGCCCCUGAUGGUUCCCAGAUGCCCAGGCCUGUGUCCUACAACGGCAUCAGAAACAUGGUCGCCGAGAUUGUGUAUGGUAGCUAUGUGACCGAUUUCUAUGAUCAUCAAAGUCUGUGUGCCAUGGUGGACUUCUGGCUUUCCUCUGGGGCCCUCAAAAGGGACUUUGAAGUAAAAGGAUUAAAGUACCGCCAUCCACAAGCCUUCUUUAACCCAAAUGUGCGACUUAACUCUCUGAUCCAGGCUCUAGAUGGCGCUCCAAAUCAUUAUCUAGAUGUGCCUGAAGGCUGCCAUAUUCACCAAACCAUAGUGGAUGAACUUAGUGCGACCCUACUUGGAGAUGACCAGUACAUCUUCACCAGACUAAACAAAGUGUUUGAUAGCAUGCCCUCAACCAACACACUGUCCCAUAAGAUGUUCCCACGACCACCCACACCAUUUGAUGGACCUGCCCAGGCCGGUAUCAGUAAAACCAGCAACAACCCAUCCGUAGUACAUCAUGGUGUAUUCUCCACCGCCAGUUAUGCCACACACAAAAUCCGCUUCAAGGACGUAGAACUCUGGCAAAUCUGUAAUGAUCUUCUGCAGAAGACACCAAAAAUUGGCAACAGCAGCAAGUCAUUCAGAGAGUUUGUGGUGGAAAAAAUCCGUAAAUUGCCUGGAGACUAUCCGAUUUUCAAUGACUUCAUCAUGAAAGAGUGUGAAAUUCUUCAUCAACUGCUGACAGAAGUCAGGCACACUCUAACUUUAAUCAGAAAUGCCUGUGAGAACAAUGUGAUGGGUGAUCAGCUGAGCGAACACUACCUGUCUGCUGCGGAUGAUCUGUUUCACCUGAGGAUCCCUAGGAUCUGGUGCAAGAUGACCGGUACCACUGCACCACCCUACACCUACAAUGCAGCUCAGUGGCUCAGAGACCUAGAGGACCGUUGGAAGCACUUCGAGAAAAUUCUCAGCAUGGGAAGGAAGGCCAUGCCAGCCUACUGGUUGGGUGCUUUCUUCAAUCCACGGGGAUUACUGGCUCUGCUGAAACAGGAGGCUAUCAAAAGCUACUGUGGCGAUAGGUCAGGCAACUUUGAACAGUUUACCUUCCAGACUGACACAACGUUCCGAGAUUUUGGACAUCUUCUGCAACCACCACCAGAGGGUGUGUACAUUCAUGGAAUUCACCUGUGGGGUUGCUCGAUUGAGAAGACAACCAACGAGUUUCAAGACCAGGCCUCCCGACAGGGAUACGCUCCUCUUCCCGUUCUCCACCUACAAUGUUACCCCAUCAACGAGAAGCCCGCUCUGCAGGAACCCUCGUUUCAGUGUCCACUAUAUCCGUCCAGAAUCGCGCCUCGUGACCCCAUCAUGGAAAUUGAUAUCAAGAAGGAGGGAAUCCCACCCAUGAGAUGGGCUCUACGUGGGCUUACAGCAACUAUUUGGCCUUAUUAAUUGAACUGCCAAAAAAAAAACACCUGUUGUAUUGAAAUGUGACUUCUCUCUGUAAAUAUUGAAUGUUUUCUGGGUGGUUCUUUCUUCUAUUUUUACAAGAUCUAUUGCUUUAUUGAAAUCGAUACUUAUUUUGAACCUGAAUACUUUCUGUGUGAUUGUAUAUCGUAACCAACCAGCAUUCAAUUCUUCCUGCUGAAUGACGUCGCACAAGACGUUCAUGUAGUCCGUCCUCAAAGUGAUUUGUGAUAGCCAUGGUUGUGUGUACAGUGUAUAGUUGAUUCCAAAGUUUCUGACAGUGAUGCAUUAAGUAUUUGUUUUAUACUCUUGUUGAUAUUUAUAUAUUUUAAAAUAUAUUUUUAAAACUUUUCAUGCAUUAGUGUCAAAUAUUUACAAUGCUGCUGAUUUCAAUUAAAUGUUGUUGAAAUAUG